AUGAUGUCAAGAUUUGUCUGUCUUCUUUUCUGUGGAUAUAUUGCACUAAACCUGGGAAAUACUCAGAAAUUGCCAAGAGUGAAAAGGCAGAGUCUGAAGGUUCAGAUCAAUGCCACAGAUGACACUGUUUGCAUGAGGUAUCUUCGACCGAGUCAAAGCACCAAACUAGAAGGUUUUGUCCUGGGUUAUGGAAGCAACUUCUUUUCUAAUCAGUACAUCCCUUUACCUUCAGAAGGAAAAAACUAUGUAACAGAGCUUGAUGCAGAGCCGCGGUAUUUGGUUUCAGUAAGACCAGCACGUGUUUCAAAUAACAAGAAAUCUUGUUCAGGUCGGAACAAGACACAGAAGCCUCUGCAGCUGGUGGUUGGCACCCUCACCCCAACCUCUGUGUUCCUCUCUUGGGGCAUCCUUGUCAACCCUCAACAUGACUGGACAGCAACAAAUAACUGUGCUAGUGACAGCAGGUUCUAUACAGUUCGCUACAGAGAAAAAGGCAAAGACAAGAAAUGGGUUUUUCAGCUCUGCCCAGCUACAGAGACAGUGAUUGACAAUCUGAAGCCAAAUACACCUUAUGAAUUUGGAGUUAAAGACAAUGCAGAGGAUAGUAUUUGGAGCAAGACUUUGAAUCAUAAGACAGUUCUCUCUAGUAAAAAAGUAAAUGGGCAACUCCAGAAUAUGUAUAAGUUGGUACCUAAUUCCCAAACACAGAUUAUACUGAGUGAUAAUAAGAAAUUGGUCCCUGUCACAAUAAUCAAACAAAUUAUUCAAAAUCGGACGCAGUCAAAAGCACCAGAUAGUUCUUCUCUCCCAGGAGCAAUAUUAGUGCACCUAAUUGUUCCAGGUCUCAAUGAAAGUCAGCAGAAACUUCCUCCUCUCCUGACAAUAGAUGACAUACCUCAAGCAUCCAGGAAAAAACUGGCUAAGAAUGAAACUGGAGUAUGGCCUGCUGAAUCCAAAACACCAGAAGUUCAAGAAAUCUCCCCACAGUCCCUUCCAGCCCAGGCUGGGAAAACACACGGACCUGAAGCUUUUAGAUCGACGCCUAAACCCAAAUUGGUGCAAGCUCAAAACAUCCCGGCUUCUAACGAAAUACAGCUACUUCCUUCUGGAUACAGAAUCCCUGAUGCUCCAAAAAGUCCAUUGACAGAACUUGCUACUCAGAGUCCAGACUUGGCAUCCAUAUCUCUACCUUCUACAGAAAAAAAAGAGAUGGAAAUGGCUCUUGAGGAAAAACAGACUGUUUCUUCGGGAUCCAAACCAUCCAGUACCAUGGAAGUGCAACCAACCCGACCUGCUUCACAUGACUUUCUUCAUGUUAUUUCUACUCCCCAGACUUUUACAUCUUCAGAAAUAUCAGGCACUGAUUUAGGUGAAAGGAAGCCUCUUUCUUCAAGAGUCACAACAUCUGGCAUGCCAGAAAUGCCACCAAUCUCAGCUGCAACCGAGAGACCAGACCUGGAAUGGACCCCGUCUGCUCCACGGGAAACCACAAGGAAGGCUGCUCGAAGACCGAGGCCGAAGUCCACCACUCCUUCCUCCCCGGCAACUCAACAAACUGUCAUGGCCUCACAUGACUUCCUUCAUGUUACUUCCACUCCCCAAACUUCUACAUCUGGAAAAAUGUCAGAGCGAGAGACUGCUACCCAGGGAUCAGGCCUGAAGAUCACUUCUCAUCCCUCCAUGGAAACCAGAGGGAGUGUCAUGGCUUUUGAUGAAAAUCAGCACAUUUCUUCAAGACCUGAAACGUCAGGCAUCCAAGAAAUACCAUCAGCUAUACCUGCUCUCCCAAGACCAGUUCUGGAGCCCACAUCUUUUCCUUUCCUGAAAACCACGAGGACAGUAAUGGUUACUAAGAGACCAAAGCUGAAAUCUUCUUCUUCUUACCUUGCAAGCCAAGGAACAGUGGAGGCUGCUCGAAGACCGAGGCCGAAGUCCACCACUCCUCCCUCCCCGGCAACUCAACAAACUGUCAUGGCUUCACUGGACUCUAAUCAUAUUAGUUUCCUGUCCCAAACUUCUGCAUCUGCAGAAAUAUCAAAAACAGAGACUGUUACAAGUUCAGCUGACCUGGAAAAACCUAUGCCUCCAUUUUCCAGAACACCUCAUGUGCUAACAACUACUGCGGUUUUCAGUGAUAUUCAGCCUCUUCUUUCAAGUCCUGUGGCACCUAGUAAGCCUGAAAUAGCAGAAGCUGGACCAGCAGCAACAAGUGAAUCCAUUCUGGAAUCUUUCACACCUAAAACUUCCCGUCCUUUUCAAUGGCCAAGGGUAACAUUAGCUCCAAAAGAAAUACCACUUAUUCCUUCUAAACUGAAACCAUCUGCUACCCCAGAAGUACAACAUGUGAAACCUGCCCCUAAACCACCACUUUUGGAGCCUAAAACUUCUGAGACUGUUAAACGACCAAAAGCAACCCUAGCUCCUAAAGAAGCAAAGCUCACUACUUCUGCAUCUAAACCUAGACCAUCUGCCAGACCCCAAAAGCCACGAACUAAACCUGCAGCAACCAUCCCAGUGUCAGUCACUUCUAGGAGUCCCUACACAUAUGAACGUCCAAAGACUGCAGAGGCUCCAAGGGUGACUCCACGUGUUCCUUCUAAACCUAAAACUUCACCCAAACCUCAUGUUCCGCAGGCCAAAGAUGUCCUGGAAUCUAUAACACUUAGAACUGAUCAACUAAAACCAACAAUAGUUCCUAGAGGACCACAGUAUGUUCCUUCCAAGCCUAGAACAUCACCAAGCCCAGAGGUGCCACGAACAAGACCUGCUUCUAAAGAUAUAUAUCACAGGCCUUCCAGACCUAAAACAUCACCCAGUCCACGUGUUCCUCCAACUAGAGCAAGUCCCAAAGAAAGUCGGCGAGUCACUUCCAAGCCCAGGGCAUCACCAAGUCCGGAUGUCCCAUACACAAAACCUGGUCUUAAAGAACCACAACAUAUUCCUUUUAAACCUAGAGCAACUCCCAUCCCGGAUGCUCCAUACAGGAGGCCUGAGAUUUUUCCAACGUUUGAUGAACGAGAUACUACUAUGAUCCCUCAUAUUCCUGAAAGAACAAAGGCAAUAUUUGCUCCAACUGAAAAACCAUUCAUUCAUACCAAACGAAAAACUGAAAGACCAAGAGUGCCAUACACCAGACCUGCAAUAUAUCCGACAACUCCGCAACCAAUUUUUACAAAAUCUUCUACCACCACUGGUCAUUCAAGGGCAACAAUGGCUCCAAAAGAAACACUGCUCAUUCCUUCCAAAUCCAAAACAUCUGUUGGGCCAGAAGUACCACAAACUAAACCUGCUCCAAGGGCAACACACCUGGGAUCAAUUAACCUUGUAACAGUUCAUGUUGUUGAUGGGUCCAAAAUAGCUUUGGUUCCCAAUGAAACAUACCACAUUUCACCCAAGCCCAAAAUUGGUCAAGCAACUGAAAUUCCUUGGUUUGAUACAGCACCUCAUAAAACUCGUCUCACUUCUGCAAGACCACAGCCUACGGAUAAAUCACAGACCAGACCUGCUCUUAGUAGAACCACACUACCACCAGUCAGAACAAAAGCACCUGGACUGCCAAAGUGGAUUAUGCCAACAACAGAUGACUUUUAUACACCUGAGGCUACUGCCAGACCAAUUGACAUGGAUGUCAAAAGACCUCCAGAAUAUGUUGACACCUGGCAAAGGCCAAUUUCUGUGACUAUACCACCUGGCCCUCAGCGCCCUCCUAUACCUCCUGCCAGACCUACUCCAAUGAGAAGAAAACCUCUGCCUCCUAACACCGUGACUGGUAAACCAGGCAGUCCAGCUAAGCCUGCUGGACCAACACCUCCUGUGAGGACAGGAACAUUAUAUAAGACACCAACAGCUUUUGCAACUCCAGAGUAUUAUGUUGAUGCAACAGUCUUCAGCUCAAGUCCUACAUCAGAAACAGAUUCUUCAGGAAAACCGAGGUACCAAGCCCCCCAUGUCAAGUACAUGAAGAAAGAUGAUGAUGUGCCUUGCUCCAUCACAAGCUCUCUUGAACAUUUUCCCCAAGAAGAAGUUGGCAGCAAGGAAGAACCCACUCGUCCUCCACAGAAUCCUCCAACCAACCUCACAGUGGUGACUGUAGAGGGCUGUCCAUCCUUUGUCAUAUUGGAUUGGGAAAAACCAGAUAAUGACACUGUUACUGAGUAUGAGGUUGUGUCAACUGAAAAUGGAGGAAGUGAUGGUGAAAAGGAGAAAUCAAUUAUCACUACAAAUCAAACCCAUUCUACUGUGGAAAACCUAAAACCUGACACAAGCUAUGAAUUCCACGUGAAACCCAGGAACCCCCUUGGUGAAGGUCCAAGUAGCAAUGUUGUGUCAUUCAGUACUGAAUCAGCGGACCCAAGAGUGAGUGAGCCAAUUUCAAUGGGGAAAGAUGCAAUCUGGACUGAAAUCCCAUUCAAUUCAGACACAUACUCAGAAUGCAAAGGCAAACAAUAUGUAAAGAGGACUUGGUAUAAGAAGUUUGUGGGUGUGCAGCUGUGCAAUUCUUUGAGAUACAAGAUAUACCUCAGUGAUUCGCUUACAGGAAAAUUUUAUAACAUAGGAGACCAGAGGGGCCAUGGAGAAGAUCACUGCCAAUUUGUAGACUCAUUCUUAGAUGGAAGGACAGGACAGCAAGAAGAUCUGCCAGUCAAAGAUGGGUUUUUCAGGGCAGUUCGUCAGGAGCCUGUCAAAUUUGGGAAGAUAGGCGGGGAGACCCAGAUUAACUACGUGCGCUGGUACGAGUGUGGCACAUCGAUACCUGGCAAGUGGUGA